AUGGCAGCAGGCCGCUUGUACGCCACUUUACUCGCCGCGGCCCUGCUGCCCUGCGCGCUUGCGCCAUCGCCUCAGCAGAUGUGGGAUGCUGCCCACGGCGUCGCUGCGCACGCAGAGCCCGUCUUCACCGGCCACGUCGCACCCUUCGUCUCGAGCGGCCAACGUCAAGCCCAACCCUCGAUGGCCAACUUUCCCGCCCAUUACACGGCCGAUGCUUUCGCACAGCCGGCAGCCGGAUACCCGCACGCUGGCUAUGGUCACGGCUACGGCUACGGCGGCGACUACUACCCGACUGCCCCUUCGCCCGCUGGCGACAACGACGCCUAUCCCGACAUACGCUGGUCGCCCGAGCCGUCGUACUUUGACUCAAACGUGCGGCCGCUGCCGUCGUCUCCCCGCCCGUUCCCGGACUACGGCAGUCCCCGCCGCUCGCCGUCGCCUCCCCCGGCCUAUCCCGAGCACGUUCGCGUGCUCGACAGCGCUCGUCGCUCGCCGUCGCCCAUCGCUUUCAGCCCUGAGCACUACGACGCCAUCGACAGAUUGUACCGCCUGCCGUUGACCCCUCGUCACGUCGAAGACCACGGCGAGGUGGCGGCGACGAGCAGCGGUCCCCACGCGCAGCAGGCGUCGCCUCCUCCCGCAUCCCCGGACCGGGCCGCAGGGCAAUCCUUGUCGACGCUCCACCUCAGCCGGCCGCUCACCACUGUCGGUCCCGACCCGCAGCUGCGGUCGCACAUGAACGCCUUCAUCGCCUCGCUCGAUGCCGACGGCAUCUUUUCGCUCGGCGCGGCCCGGCAGCUCGAGGUGAUGUCGUCCAAGCGCCAUGACGGCCGGACGUACGUCAAGGUGCUCGCCAGCGAGGCGCAGACGGAUCUCGUCAUCGCCGCCAUCCGGGAGCGAUUCCGGACCUCGCUCGGCUCGUCUGCCGCAGUCGAGGACCAGCUGCUCCUGAUUCGGCCUCGGCCCAUGCGUUGGACCUCGACGGAAGCCAAGACGUACUACCAGGACCACAAAGCGGUCCUCGACUUUGACGAUGCGAUGCAGUGGGCGCACAGGGCGGAGAAGUGGUCGUUUUUCUUUGAUGCCGGCGCCUACAGGAUCGAGGUUGUCGGCCCGCACUGGGCCGCUGGAGAGCACGAUCUCCUCUUCUACAAGGUCAUCGCCAUCCCCAAACGUGCAGGCAUCGCCCGCAUCGGCGGCGGCCGAGGAAGAGGGAGCGAGGCCCCGGUCAUCUUCUUUGGCCUGAUCCAGGGUCCCAUGCCCUUGCUCAGCCUGCAGAAACUGGCGCGGCCGGCUCGUAUCCGCGUCGUCUGA